CUGAGGGCGAAUCGGAGUGGUCGCUUGACCUUAUGAAGCUGCUUUCAGCCAAGGAGAGUGCAUGUUCACGGGCCUUUGUGAUCGAAUCCACCGGUGGGAAUGUAUGGUUCAAUGGUUGGAAGAAGAUUCGAAAGAGGUUUGGUGAGUCCGUUGUGAAGUGCUCGGAGGGAAGCGCUACUUUGAAAGGGAGUAAGAAGCUGUUUGAGGACGGGGGGAGAAUAAAAAUCGAGUAUCUGAGAAUGUGGAAGACCGGAGGUGACUUUCUGAAGAAACUCUUGAUUGGAGUGUUAAAGAACCCGAAGAAGAUUCUUGACUUUAAUAGUUGGGGCUUGAGGUCGACGCUUCGGCUGUAUAGUGUUGUGAAAGACUUCCGAAGGAAGUCAACUCGUAAGUACCUACACCGUCUUUUAUCUCGAAGGAUCCGUGUACGUUUUGGACUGUAUAUGUCCGCAGAUUUGACGAUUCGUGUGAAGCAUGACGAUCGCCUGAAAGUUGUCGAAAUCAGGAAAGUGGUGAAUGAUGGAUUGAUGAGGUGUGAAAUCCCAGCGGCCUUUGAGGAACGGGCGAGGAAGAAGGUUAAGAUCGUAUCGACUAAAAAUCGAUCGAUCGGUGACCUUAUUCACAACCAGCGAGCGUUUGCAGCUCGUCAGGUAUCUAUCUACUGUUGCGCAGGGAAGACCUAUCCGCAUGUGGAGGGUCAUGUCUGUUUCAGAUUGAGCAAUGGGGCUACGCACCACAAAAUCCUUGCAAACGCCAACGACAUACCACGGGCCUGUGUUGCUGACCGAACGAGUGUUUUAGGACGGGAGUUGAGGGAAGGAUUUGCUAAUUGGAAGAACUUAAGAGGACCUUGUCCUGAGUUUGACCAUGAGCAUCUGCAAAGGUGUAUGGUGGAGGACGGGGGUGGCAACGAAAGGUUAACCAUGACAGAUGUUCAGAAGGUCAAGAAGCAGUUAGGUGAGUUUGUUCUUACUCCGUUGGAUCGUAAUCCAGGCGAUACACUCGUCACGUGUCCAGCUGUGUAUCAUUCGGCAAUGAUGGAUACGUUUGUCACGAGCACUGGUUAUCGGAUCGUUCAGCAAACCGAGGAGGAGAUACUGUUGAGGAUCAAGGAGGAUGUGGAUAGGUGUGGCCUGAAGCGAUUUGUUCGUUGGGACAGUAAGGGGGAGAUAGGAUGUGCUUAUGUCCUUCCGAAGCAUAAGGACAUCGAGCGUUUCCGCCCGAUCUGCCCAACCUUCAAAGAGCCUAUGGUGAAGACAGGGAGGUUGGUGGCAAAGGGGCUCAACCAUCUGCUUUUUCAUUUGCCCAUUGAUAUUCACUUUAACCUCCAAGCAGUGUCUCAUUUGGUCGGUAGGCUGCAGCGGGUGAAUAGGAAGGUGAAAGGCAUGAAAGCAAUUGGGGAAGUGAGAUCGGCGUCCUAUGACAUCAAGGAGAUGUUCAACAAACUGCCUCAUUCGAACAUCAAUGAAGCAGUAAGCUGGAUCAUCCAGUACCAUGAGGGGAAAGGGCAAUCAUUUGUGCGUGUCAACACAAGAGGGAAGGGUGCCUCCUUUGGUCUAACAAUUGGGGCAGACCAUUGGAGGAAAUUGGAGUUGAGGGACAUCGAGAGGUUUAUCCAGUUUGAGCUGGAGCAUACAUAUACGUCAGCGACUGGUUUUCUUCUCAGGCAGGUGGUUGGGAUACCAAUGGGUAAGAGUACGAGCCCCCCAUUGGCAUGUAUCCUGUGUGCAUUUGCGGAGGCGAGGUUCCUGUGCAGCCUGGGUAAGCUAAGGAAGAACGUAUUUGAAGUGAGAUUGGUUGACGAUGUCGUCCUCAUGACAGCCUUCCUUUCUGAGAAGGAACAUGGUAAGGUGUGUGGGCGCACCGUGGUGAUCUAUGAGAUGUUUGGGCUUCGCGAUUAUAUGUCGGAUCGUGACUUCGGUUUCGUGGCCGCGGACACACGUUAUGGUUAUCGCCACUAUGAGGUUGAUGCCAAUGGUUUAUUGGUACUACGUUUGGAGGUGGGGCUAAGGUAUGUGGGGGAUGAUCUACGCGAUGUCGCUGUCUUUGUUACGAAGGUGCAUGACGAUGUGCCAAAUCGACAUGUGGGCGGAGGUGACAACCUCAUUGAGAAGAUUAUUCGUUUGUUGUUGUCAUGCGUGGCAGAUGAGCAUGAUAGUCACUUGGCAGGGAUUGUCGAAUGAGAGGCGCUUCUAGAUGCACCGUUGGUGGGGCGCCCUUAUCUGCAUGGGGAGUUGCGUUUUGAU